AUGCAAACCCUUACAGGGAAAAUUGGUCACAGCGUCAAUGUUUUCUGGCGUUCUUGCUCUUCUGGGACGGCCUGUGACUGGAAGACGUUCAGCACUUUGGAGUUUCACGGCAGGAAGGACACCGUGGCAUUCCCUAUUACACGGAUCUGUACUAAGACCAAGCUCACAUCUGCCAUCAUGGGGGAUUAUCAAGAGAGGACUGUAUCGCGUUUGGUGCAAGGGAUCAACUUGAUGGUUUCGAACAUUAGAGAUGGAAACCAGAUCGACGCCAUCACCAACCCAGGCCCAUCACGGCGUUCUACAUCUUCGGAAACAGGAUCACCACUGCAGUCGACUGAAUAUCACACGAGAAUUGCACGGAAGAGGUAUUCGCUGCCAGAGAGCACCCAACACCAGGUGAAGAAAAGGAGGAAGUCACCAGGUGAAGCAAUCCUGAGUCCUACAAUGCUGGCAAAGUGCUAUUUUGUAUGGGCCAUUUCCAAGAACGUGUUCGACUUUAGCACAGAAGGAAGUGAGCGGCACAAUACUAACGAAUAA